ACGACGCUCCGUUGUGCAUGCGUGUGCAUCAUCACCUGUCCGUGUGUGACAUUUACCAAACGGGAGUUAAACGCAAAGUAAGAGCCAAGUCGCGAUAGGUUUUAUUCAUUCGACGUGCGAGGUGCUCGGCCCCCAGAUAAGCAGCUGUAGAGAGAGGUGACAUUACAAACGUGCUGCACUUGCCCUUCGUGUGUUUGCAGGGUAACAUACUAUUGAUGUCCAGCGCCCUCGUUUGGACUACACAGACCUCUUUUAUCCCAGGGGAAAAAUAGAAACUUCUCUCUCAGCGAACUGACACAGCUUCAGACAUUUACACAUUUAAAGAGAUUCAUUCUUACAUACACAACAAGGCACCAGAGCAGAUAUGAGUGAGGAUAAACCAGCCGAGACUGUGGAAAGUGUCCCUGCUGAGGCAAACGCUAUUCCUAAUGGGAAAGGCCAUGAUCCUGGGGAGGAGAUCACAGCAUCAGUGAAAACACCACCUGCAGAGGACGGUGAACAGGAAACUGUACCCAAUAGUGCCCAGAAUGCUAGUCCCCACAGAACCGAGAAUACAGAGGCCAACCUCCCAGAGAGCCAGGAGUUCUUAUCAGAAAUGGAGGACAAGAAGACUAUACGCUUUACAGAUUUUGAGGGGAAAACCUCGUUUGGGAUGUCUGUCUUUAACCUGGGCAACGCAAUCAUGGGAAGUGGAAUCCUAGGACUAGCGUAUGCCAUGGCCAACACAGGGGUCGUCCUGUUUUUGGUACUUCUAACAGUGGUGGCAGUCCUCUCAUCAUAUUCCAUCCAUUUACUGCUAAAGUCCUCUGGUAUUGUAGGUAUUCGUGCGUAUGAGCAGCUGGGCUACAGGGCCUUUGGGACCCCGGGGAAGAUGGCAGCAGGUAUUGCCAUCACGCUGCAGAACAUUGGAGCCAUGUCCAGUUACCUGUACAUAGUCAAGUAUGAGUUUCCUUUGGUCAUCCAGGCCUUUCUGAGGGUGGAUAAACCUGCAGGUGAAUGGUACCUCAACGGGAACUACCUCGUGAUCAUUGUAUCUGUUGCUGUAAUAUUACCACUUGCUCUCAUGAAACAGCUGGGAUACCUGGGAUACACCAGUGGCUUCUCACUGAGCUGCAUGGUUUUCUUCCUCAUUGCGGUCAUCUACAAGAAGUUCAAUAUCCCAUGUCCAUUUGCGGACUUUUCAUUCAAUAGCACUGCCAGCGUGCUGAAUGUCAGUGUCACCGACCCUGGUGGGGAGGAUGAUCCUGCCUGUAUUCCCAAAAUGGCCAACCUCAACUCACAAACGGCCUACACCAUCCCCAUCCUGGCGUUCGCCUUUGUGUGCCACCCCGAGGUGCUGCCAAUCUACACAGAGCUGCGCAAUCCCACCAAGAAAAAGAUGCAGCAUGUGGCCAACAUCUCCAUUGCAGUCAUGUACAGCAUGUACUUCCUGGCUGCCCUUUUUGGAUACCUAACUUUCUAUGGUGAAGUGGAAGCAGAGCUGCUUCACACCUACAGCCGUAUUGACCCGUAUGACACUUUGAUUUUGUGCGUGCGUGUGGCUGUGCUCACUGCUGUCACACUCACUGUUCCCAUUGUGCUCUUUCCUGUACGGAGAGCGAUCCAGCAGAUGGUGUUUCCCAACAAGACCUUCUACUGGCCCCGUCACAUCGCCAUUGCUGUCAUUCUGCUCACUUUCAUCAACCUGCUGGUCAUCUUUGCCCCCAACAUCCUGGGCAUUUUUGGAAUCAUUGGUGCCACAUCCGCCCCUUGUCUCAUCUUCAUUUUCCCUGCUGUCUUCUACAUUCGCAUUGUACCCAAAGAAGAGGAGCCACUGCGCUCGGUUCCCAAAAUCAUGGCUGCCUGUUUUGCUGGGAUAGGCUUCCUGUUUAUGAUAAUGAGUCUCAGCUUUAUCAUCAUUGAUUGGACAUCCGGCACCAAUAACGCCAGCAGUGGUCACUAGGCAUCACCUUCCUUUUUUUUUUCCUUUCCGAUUUUAUAUUGUUGAUUUAGAUUUUUGCUGUAAUGUUUUUAUUUUGAAAAAUGUUCGUGAAAAAUGUCCGAUCUUUUACAUCAGAAAAUAUUGGCCACAGAGGGGGGAGUCUAGAGUUGAGGAAGGGUCUUCACAAAAAGCUCUCACUCUAAUGACGUUACUUUGUACUGUGCAUCCUGCCUAACAGUGACUGCAGAUCCAGGCCAGUAGACUUUCUUGGAAAGUUGAUAGUGAAUUUACAAAAUAGGCCAGGUGCAUAAAGAUUAAUGCUGACAUUUGGAGGCUGUGCCUUGUGAGAUGGAUGUAGAAAACAGAAAAGUAACUAGAGAAAGCUGCUGUCUUUAUACGCCUGUCCCGUUGUUGGUUGUGAGCAUCGGCCAUCACACCUGCUAUCCCUCUUUUGUCCUAAGAUCCUUUAUGAUCUGCAAACUGCUACUCAGAUUAUAGGACACAAUCUGAGGCACCUCUCGUUUGAACUGUUGAAUGAGAGAAAUGCAUUGAACGAUAGACAAUUCUUUUAUGAUUUUAAGUCUGUUAUUAUUAUUCUAAGUUAUUUGAAUAACUACAACUUUGCUAUUCUGUGCAACUGCAGAGGAAUGUGAUAGUACAGGCUAUUCCACAGAAAGAAAGAUAGGUUAAAGGAAUAGUUCAGCAUUUUUUGGAAAUAUGCUUAAUUUGUUGCAGAGAGUUUGAUACCACUCUCGUGUCUGUACAGUAAAUUUGAAGCUACAGCCGGUUAGCUUAGCUUAGCUUAGCAUAGCAUAUUGACUGGAAAGUGUCAAACUAUUCCUUUUUAAGGUGUGCAGCCUUUAGCUCCUACUCCACUAACUUUUGCUGCUGCUGUGUAUUUUAAGGUUUGGAGGUAUUAACAUUCUCCCCUCUGACAGAGCAAGGGGAACCACAGAAGUGGUACCGUUUUGUGAGCACAUUUAUCCUAACAUUCCUACACAAUAUGAUCUAGAUGUAUAUUUUUGUUAUUAAUCACUACUUGAUGAAAACCUCAGAGGACAUGAUUCUCAGCUAGGUCGUACAUGAGGAGAUCAAUAUCAGAGAGGCAGGUUUCAGGUUAAGAACAUUUUUAAAUGGUUCUUGGCUGUCCAGAUCAAUACAUAGAAUAAUGCUUAUAUUGUACACAGAGUUUUCUUUUCUGUAUUACCAUGUAAAUGACAGUGAUAAAUGGUACUGAAGACCUCAUCAGUUGGAAUGUACAGAUCAGAGUGAUAAAUGAAAAGAUGAAAGUUACCACUCAGUGUUCUUAAUCAUUGAGUAGGGAUGAUUUUUACCUGGAAGAUUUGAUGUGUUGUUUCUGCACAUUUACUGGAAGUAAUCAGAGAUAACCAAAAUGUGUUUUUAAAAAACAACAGGGUCACUUCAUGAAGUGGUUAGUAACAGUUUGGUGUCUGUAAAUAUUUCUGUGUGCAGCACAAGCUUGAUCCCUAACAAAGUCUCUAACAAUCUUGAAAAGUUGAAGGUUAGCAAUAGCACUUUCCUUUGAAAAGCACAACCUCUUGUAGCCAAUAAUGAAACACAAGCAAAUGAUUUGUGAGAAAUUAACAUAUUUGAUAGAUGUGAUUUAAAGGUGUGUUCCUUUGCAUAACUAAAUCAUUAAUAAAUUAAUCUAAUGUAGAUUACGAGACAAUGUAUCGAUGGUAUAAUAUGGAUGUCAAACACUACUUGAAAUGAAGUUUUCCUGUGAAACCCUGCCAUCAUUAGUUUCCUCCUCUGGUCCGUUCCGUAGAUAAAAAAAACUAAUUAGUUGGAGUAGUACUGUUGGAGGUUUUUAAGUGUCCGUGUUGUUUAAAAAAGAAAACAUGGCUCCACAGUAUUUGAACUAUACUACCUAUAUGCGUUUGUGUUGUUACACCUGGACCUAUACUCUGAUCUGAAGUAUAAUUCGAGUAUUUGUCUCCUACCAUUGAUAGAUUAACUGUUGUUUUAAACCUCAUGUGUAAUGUUUAUUCGGCGUAUCAGUUGAAUCUGAUUCAGUAAUGAAAUGCAAGAUGCAAAACCAUGUUAAUGAUCAAUUUUAUGUUUUUUUUUUCUUAUAUUUGUCUUUUAUAGUCUGUGGUAUAUCAUCAGUGGUAUAGUUUGGGUCACUUCUGACUUCCUCGCUGCUUCUUGGCAGACAGUAACCCACUAACCUGGAGUUGUUAGUGAGCUGGUAUACUUGCCUACAUUUCAUUGUUUUUUUAAAAUGAUAAAUUCUGUUACACCAGACAAUAUGGGUAUUGUAUGUAUGGGUAUUGAGUAUGAGUAUUGUCCUGUCAAUUUGUUACACGACAAACCUCUUUUAAUCCCCCUUUUUUUUCUCAUUUUAUCUAGAUAUUUGGUUGUCUUUAUGUGUCUGUGUGCAGGGGGAAUCAUCUGAAUCAGCCACUGGGACAUAACUUAUAUUUAGUGUUUAUCCAAUGCAAGGUUAUAUUUAUCCACAGCUUCCUGUUCCUAGUUUGACCUUAGUUUUUGGCUGUAUGUGUGAUACAGCUAUUUGGGAAAUGUAAUGGGUGUCAUAAAGAGUUUUUCAAUAGUAUGCACACAAAAAAUUCUUCAAAACCUCGCAACAUGCAAAAAAUAAAAAUAAGCAAGAGGUAUCAGUGGCUGAUACAAGAUGAUCUCUGAGGACCUCUCUUUAGAUCUUAGUGUUGCUUAGUGUCUCCCUCUUUCUGUGAUUUAUUGAAACGUGUAUGAUUGAAUAGUAACAUAUUAAAUAUUGACAUCGGCCAGCAUUUAUAAAUAAUGUAUAUAAAUGUAUACCCUUUAUAUUCUAUAUGCAUAUCUAGUUUGUACAAUGUAAAUAGCAAAGUUUUAGUCCAAUUAAAAAUAUAAAUGUAAUCAUUUUCAAAGUGCUUUUAAACCUAUUUGUCCUUCGAUUCAUGUCGAUUUUCUCUAUAUAUUUUAAUAUGUUGCUGGCAGUUAUUGUACUGUAAACAAUGUUGCAAUAAAGAUAAUGAGGUAACAAAA